AUGUGGCAGGCUCCGGCGAUUAGCUUACUUCAUCCCGGAAGUAUAUUCAGACUUAUCCACGUCGUAGAAGAGCUUCUGAAAGCUGUUAUAUGGCUCAAGUCUGACACCGGCUUGCUUCAUAUUGCAUUCAAUAAUGACACGGGUUUCCUUCAAGUGCUCCUAGGCUAUAGAUACGAAUCAGUCAUUUUUAUGCUGGACAAAGGCUUAAGCAUUGAUGUUUCACAUGCGAUCCUAAAUAGUUUUGAUAGUGAUCCAUAUUGCUCGAGUGCAAUCGAGCUUGCUAUUCGAAUCCGUAAUUUGGACAGUUCAAAACUGCUGGUCGCUCGAGGUUUUUCUCCUGAGCAGAAGGAUCUUGAUUUUGCCAGGCAAAAUGGAUACACAGAGGAAAGUGCCAUUUUGUCGAUAUUCGACACCGUUGAACUGUCCGAUAUAAUGCCAAUUGAUCAUAUGAUUGAUCAUGUGGCUCUUUGGGCCCCUCAAGAUGCGCGUGUCAAGGUUGUUCCAUUGUCUUUGCCGUUAAUCCUGAGCCCAGAAUUCGAAGUAAAACAAGAUGAAACUCACUUUUCACUAAUUUGCAACUUUUUCUUUCAAAGCAUGGCUCUCAGGUUUGCCCUGUACGACGAAGGAUGCAGAGUGGAGAGCAUUCCAAAUAACUAG